UUUGUACAAUUCAAUAAAAACAAUGUCUUUUGACCUUAAUCAUAAGCUAUGGGUAGCUACCAGAAAAGAUAUUGGGCAACUCAUCAAAAAGCAGAAUCGAUUGAAGAAAUUGGAACCCCCCGAAGAGAAGGCUAUCUCGUUUAAAAUAUUUUCCGAGCUUUAUGUGCUAUACGUAGAGCUUGUAAACAAGUUGGGUUUCAUCUAUCAUAAUACUUUUCAAGUGCAAAAACGAGCUGUAGUGCGCAUUCUUGUUGAGAGUGCAACACAGCAGCUGCUGAGGCUCAAGGAGGAAUUGAAAGGCAUGGAGUUGAGCGAGUACGUAUAUAUAGAUAAAGCAUUAGUUGCUAGAAGGCUCACGCCGCGGGAUCUGGUUAUUUGGAGAUCACCUCAAUUUUUAUAUCGCCGUCCCUUGGACGUUCAAAAUAUCGUAGCCGAUAACAAAUUGUACAUGAAUGAUAUAGAAAAGGUUGAGAAGGAAGCACAGGAUUGGGUCAAAGUUACAGAAGCAGUGACGCUUAUUCAAGCGCACGAAAGGGCGCGCAGAGCUCGUGUGUAUAAGUCAAAUAUAAACUAUGAUAAAAAGAAAUUUCUCAAGGUCCUACAAAGAAAAAAAAUCAACUAUAGAUUUACAUUCAAGCCGGAUCAAGCAAUGAGUAUACCUGUUAAGAGAACUAUAUUUGCGGCCGAUUUUAUAAAGGACGUGGAAUCAUGUGAAAACUUAAAAGAAAAAAUAGAUGUAUUGGAGCCGUCUACUGAUAAUGAAGAAUUGGAAAGGCUAAAUAAACUACGAGACGAUGCAGCUAGUAAGAUACAAAAUUGCUGGAGGCGAUACAAGACAAGAAAGAUUAUGAGAAUGAGAAGUAGAUUUAAAGAAGAAUUAUACGGUAUGAAAAAACAUAGAAAGCUAAAACGCCCGAAUCGUUUUGCGAAUUCAGUUUUGGAAAUGUAUAAAAAGGAGAUGUUGAAAAAGAAGCUGGACGAGGAAUAUAUUCAAUUAAUUACUGAUGAACGAACAAGGCUUCUGCAAAUGCGAACUCCUUGGAUGAUGGAAGACAUAUCCGAUCAUAUUCGUGCCUGGUUUAAAGAAUUUUAUGAAAAGACCGGAAACUUCCACCCAUAUCCCGAUCCGAUUAAAACUGGAACCGUAUUAGUUGUCAUCGAUGAAACAAUGACUCCAUUAGAGUUUCAAGACACUCUAGGUAAAAAGCCUAUGACCAAAGCGGAACGCCAGAAGUUGGCUGAAAAGAAAAAGGCAGAAAAGCAGAAACAAAAGGACAAAAUACGAAAGCAGAAAAUGAAGGACGCGAAACGAAGGAAAAAAUUAAAAGAUGCCGGAAUAAUUGAUGUUGCCUACGAGAUGACUUCAAGCAAAGCCAUAGCAAAUAUUGAAGAAGCAAUGAAGCAAUUUGCUCUUGAUUGGAGAAACAUUGAUGAAUACCUCAACAAAAAUCAUGAUCCGAUCAAAGAUUGGGUUACAGAGGAAGAGUUGGCGAAGAUACAUCAGGAGCUGAGAGGAUUGGUUGAUGAAUAUAUGAGGAUAGAAUAUGAGCUGCUUAGAGCAGCUUUGGCUAAAGAUACCAAGACAAAAUAUAAGGCUCAAAAAGUAAAGAAGGCCAAAGCUAAAAAGGAAAAAAAGAAGAAAAAGGUCAAGGAUAUGACAGCCGAUCGAACGCUUGAUUCAUUAUACCAAGAAUUGAAAGAUGAAGGAAUUAUAGAGGAAGUUUCCCACAAAGAUUUUGAUGAAUUUAUUGCCGACUUCAACUUUUUAGCAAAUGAUACAAGAGAUGAAGAUGGUUUAACAACUGUGGGCCCAGCGAAGGGGGAUAUAAAAAUGAUCAUUCAAGAAUCAAUGCUGGGAAUGGGAGAAUUCGAUAUUGAUAAACCAAAGUCAAUUUUAUUAAUAGGACCACUUAACAGUGGGAAAAAGCUACUUUGUAAUAUAAUUGCAUCGGAAUUAGAUGCUGUAUUUAUAAAUCUUAGUCCAGAAAAAGUUUUUAAAUUUGCUGAUAAUAUGAAGUAUUUCCUACAUGUUGUUAUGAAAGUAGCAAAGGCCUUUCAGCCAGCUAUAUUAUAUAUCGAAGAAGCUCAUCGUGUAUUUUUGAAGAAGAUUCCGCCUGAGCUAAAGGAAAUUAAUCCAACGCUCCUCGCUUCUUCUAUACCGAAAGGCAUUUUGAAAAAUAUCAAAAAAACUGACAAGGUUGUUUUAUUGGGCACCAGCAACAUGCCAUGGUCUGCGAAGGGAAAAUUCAAGAAAGCAUUCCAGAAAGUCCUGCUUAUACCAAAGUGCGACUAUGCUACUAGUUUCCUGCUUUGGCUAGAACUAAUGACAGAAAACGUAGAAAAUAUGGAGGAGUAUGCAUAUUCUGCGCUGGCAAGAGUCUUGCAAGCAUAUAACUCUGGUGAUAUCGCACAGAACAUAAGUCAGACAUUAGAUGUUUCCCGAAGAAUGAGGCUUAACAAUGAAGCGUUAGACCCCAACGAAUUUUUGGAAUAUUUCUUGAGCAAACAUGAUGAGCCAAUAUUUCCUCCAGAACAAAAGAUCAUGGACAAAUUUGACAAAUGGUUUGGAAAGUCUAACAAAUUUUUGAAAUUAAGGCGCAAGUUUAUGGCUAAAAAGAUGGCAAAACAAAAGAAAAAGAAAUAGGUGGAUCUCAUACGCACUUACUGUUCAUUAAUAUUCAAAUUCAAAUGUAUUAGUCCCACAUAAAUAAACUUUUGAAACAUUUUGGAACGUA